UUCCCCAUUAUACCUCCCUAGUGGAAGCAUUCGGUUCUGCAGAGAGAAGCAACAAUCUGGAGAAAUCUCUGCUCUGUUCUGGAGAUCUCAGAAUGUCUGCAUCAGGAUUCUUACUUCUGCUCAUAUCUGCCAUGAUCGGAUGUGCAGCUCCACAGAUGGAGAACGCAAAGGAGUGUAUUGGAUCUCCUCAACUAAGAAGGAAUUGUGGGUAUCCUGGAAUCAGCGCUAAAGAAUGCAAAGAGAGAAACUGCUGCUUUGACUCCAGUAUUCAAGGGGUGAAUUGGUGCUUCUAUAGUCAGACAUUAGAUAAGGCCCAGUGCUCUGUUAACCCCUCAGACAGAAGAGAUUGCGGUGACCCCAGGAUUACUGCCAAAGAGUGUUACAACAAAGGAUGCUGCUUCAACUCAAGUGUCCCUGGAGUUAAAUGGUGCUUCUUUCCAGAAGUGCAGGCAAAGGAGUGUAUUGGAUCUCCUCAACUAAGAAGGAAUUGUGGGUAUCCUGGAAUAAGCUCUGAAGAAUGCAAAAAGAGAAACUGCUGCUUUGACUCCAGUACUCCCGGGGUGAACUGGUGCUUCCAUACUAGGACAUUAGAUAAGGCCCAGUGCUCUGUUGACCCCUCAGACAGAAGAGAUUGCGGUGAACCCGAGAUUACUGCCAAAGAGUGUUACGACAAAGGAUGCUGCUUCAACUCAAGUGUUCCUAGAGUAAAAUGGUGCUUCUUUCCAGAAGUGCAAGAAACCUUAAUGAAAGCGUGAUGUCCACACGUGACCUGAACCAUCU